UUAUUUUUCCUCCCUGUAUUGUGUUCAGUUCUGAAGUCGAGUCUGACGGACAGAGAGCUGAGUUUCUUGAAUAUCCCCACCAGGAGAGACUGUGACGGGCUCAGUUUGACCACUGAUGACCUGUUGGAUCUCCCGAAUGAUGGUUCUCUCCCAGUGACGCGCACCUCCGCCCUCCUGACCCGAUCUGAGAGCUUUCCAGUGGGACACAGCUUCAACUCUCGGCCCUGCUCUCAUCUGCGGCCUACUUUUCCCAAAUGCUCUCUGUGUCCACCUGCAGAGCUGGCAAAAACCAUCCAUGGUGGCCAUUUACGAUCACACCGUCAAGCUCCGCCUCCGAAUAUCCGCCCACAUAAUCGGAGGCUUCCAUUAGACACGCCCACAUACCGGAAUUUGCCACGCUGGAUGAGCAGCCACAGAGUUCCCCCAUGGGUCACGGAGCUGGAGGAGAGCAGAAGUCAGACAGAGGUCAAAAGUCACUCAGGAGAAGCCAUCAGCCUGAGGGAGCUGCGUUAUCAACACAUACACUCACACGCACUCCAGACGGCAAACACACCACCACUUUUCAAAGACGAUAGGAUUGGUUCUCUGAUCUCAAGAGCCGAGCGGAUGUUAAGUUCUCCAUCAUUUGCUGUCAGUGAAGCGGUAAAAGAGCUCAAUACUUCAGCAGACACAGAAGAGGCGCUGGACGCAGACCGGUCCUGGGACAAUCCGCCGGUAGCAUUUAAAUCUCCAGUGCCAGUGGGCAUCGCUGAAGAGCCGCCAGCAGCUGAGGAUCUACAGAGGAGUAAGUCUGCAGCAUCCAGAUCUUCCGGCUACAGCAGCAGGAAUCAUCCCGGUCCAGUGGAGGCGCUCAAACACAUGCUGUAUCGCCUGCAGGCCGUCGAACAGAAAAUCAGCCAAUCACAGCACAGUAUUACAGAUUCAGCAGAAACAGCAGAGCAGGAAACGGAAGCGGUGGAUGCUGGAAGUGGCGAGUCUUUACAAAGAGCUCUUCAUCAUCUGGACCGGCUGAAAACACUGGUGGAUGAUAUGAAUGAUAGGAAGGGCAGAGCAGGGAAUGAUGGGAUCGACUCUACAGACUGCACUAGAAUCAGCACGUAGACGUGAAGACCAGACCUCAGACUUUUAAUAAUACAGUCAAGCACAAAAUUAUUCAUACACCCCAGGCAAAUUCUGACUUAAAGUUAUUGUUCAAAUGUACAUAAAAGCAGAUAUAUAUAUAAAAUCACAAUGAUGCCUCUUGUACAUCAUGUUAGUACCUUAGUAUUCAGGUAAAUAAAACUACUUUCUGGUUGAAUAAAAGUAACUAAGCGAGAAUUUGCCAGGGGCAUGAAUACUUUCAGGCUUGGCUGUAUAUAAACACAGACAUGGCUCAUAUUUGCUUAAAGGUGUCAUUUCUAUUUUCAUUUAAAGGGACCAUUCACCCAAAAAGUCAAUUCAGUCCUCUUUUAGUCAUCCUCCACACCAGAGUUUCUUCCUUCUGCUGAACAUAAUGAAAAAUGAAUAGAAUAUGCUGGGGGGGCAACAUUGAUUUCAGAGAAGAUUUGUAGUUUUGGGUGAACUGCCCCUUUAAACUGCAUCAAGAAAAGCUUCUUUAUCAGGGGUUUGACUGAAGAGUGUUAUUUAUUUGCACAAUCAUUUAGUUUUGUAUAUAAAUAAACUUAUUUUAAACUGA